AGUUGUCAUUGUCAAUUUGUCACACAAAAUAGAACAUUGAAUUUUAAAGUUCUUUUUGUGUAUUUUAGCAACAAAAAAGUCAUUUAUUUGGAUGAUGAUAGCAAAAAACGGGCCAAUAUCAAGGAACUGGAAAUCAGCAGCUAAAGUUGUAUUUUAGAUUUCAGUGCCCUCGUUCCAAGAAUGAGUACUUCUGAAUUAGACACCCGAAACAUUGCCGUCUCAAUGAGAAAGUCGGUAGAAAACCUAGUAAUAUCAUCACAAGAUGCCAUCGGGCAGAGCAUCAGCCAGGCCCUCAGCUUCUCCGGCGUCAUCACACAGCAGGCCAACCAAGCAUUGCAGGAGCACAGAAGUGUGUCUCGCUCCCCCUCCCCGUCGCCGCAGCGGAAUGACAGAGAGAGCGUCAUUUUAGAAACAUCGGAAAAUGAAAAGGAUUUCUCUCUCGGAAAUCUUGUAGAGGAUGGUUUGUUUCAGGACUCCGGUUCCGUGGGAGACGCCGCCAGCGCCUGCGACGCCGCGCUCUACAGACACCCUGAUAAGCUAUCCACGCCCACACCCCCCAAGUCGGCGGAGGGCGCGCGCAAGAAGAAGAGCUGGUACAGCGCCCUCUAUCCCACGUACAAGAGCCGCUCCGACGACUUCAAGCGACUCUUCAAAGACCUGCCUGAUGAUGAGCGGCUUAUUGUUGACUACUCGUGCGCGCUUCAGAAGGACAUCCUGGCGCAUGGAAGGCUGUAUGCAUCACAGAACUACCUCUGCUUCUACGCGAACAUCUUCGGCUGGGAGACCAGCGUGCAGCUCAAGUGGAAGGAGGUCACCGCUAUUACUAAGGAGAAGACUGCUUUGGUGAUCCCGAACGCCAUUCUCGUCUGCUCAGCGAAAGAGAAGCACUUCCUGGCGUCGUUCUCGGGGCGCGACAAGGCGUACCUGAUGCUGUUCCGCGUGUGGCAGAACGCGCUCAUGGACCAGCCGCGCAGCAGCCACGAGAUCUGGCAGUGGGUGCACAGUUGCUACGGCGAGGAGCUGGGCUUCAACUCAGACGACGACGCCUACAACCGAGACACAGAGGACGAGAAGAUGCCUGGACCCAUCCUGGGGGAGGACCUCCUAGACACGUCGUCUGUGGACGCGGGCAGCGGCAACGAGGCGCAGGAGGGCGGCGGCGGCGGCGGGGGCAGGGGCGCGGGCGGCGCGCUCAAUGACCAAUCACCACCGCUCGUGACAAACGGCGAGGGGGCCUACCGCGAGGAGGAGGGCGGGGACGCGCUGCCCACGGACAUGUCGGACACGGACAGCGAGCCCGACAAGCACCACAACUCUAUGUCGACGGAGAAGUGCUGGGAGUCGCACGAGGGCCGCGCGCUGCUGGCCGCCACGUUCGCCAUCAACAUCGACACGCUGUUCACGCUCAUCUUCACCAGCUCCAAGCUGUACCUGGAGCUGCUGGCCGCGAGGAACACCAGGGACUUCGUGCAGGCGUCAUGGCAACACAACGCGCAGUCGGGGUUGAAGUGUCGGCAGAUCAGCUACACUCUGGGCCUGUCGUCCGGCCCCAUUGGACCCAAGGAGGUCUACGUCACUGAGACACAGGUAAUGAACAAAUGCUCCAAACCGGGCGUCUUAUACUCCAUCGACGUGACGUCCGAGAACGCGGGCAUCCCGUACGCGGACGCGUUCACGGUGGAGGCGCACUACUGCCUGCGCCGCGCGGCCGAGCACGCCACCGCUGUGCAGGUGUUCGGGCAGAUCAAGUACAAGAAGACGCUGUGGCCCAUGGUCAAAGGUUUCCUAGAGAAGAACGCGUACGGCGGCCUAGAAGACUACCUGAAGCUGCUGGAGGCGCGGCUCACGGCCGAGGCGGAGGGCGGCGCGCCCGCCAAGCGCAAGGGACGCCGGCGCCGCAGGGCUGUCUGCCUCUCCCAAGGAGCGCCCCUCCACUCUGUCCUCAGCCCCCCGCGCCCCGCCCCGGCCGGCUACCUGUAUAAGUUCGCCGGUCCAGCGGGCACGAGGGCCUCCCACGCUACGCUACCGUCGACGGUAGAGCCGAUUCUUCCCACGGCGGUGAAGGCUAGCUACAUAGAGGCGGGGGCCUCGCGGCGGAGCGGCAGCGGCGGGCUUGUGGCAGCCCUAAUCCUGCUGCUUCUACUGAAUGCAGUGUUGUACUGGCGGCUGUAUCAUGCGACGCCGCAGCCCACGCUGUCGCCCAAUGAUUUGCAUAACAGGAUGAGCUCCCUGAGCGAGUCCCAGAUGGCGGACUGGUCGAACCUGCUGGAGCGGCACACGCGGCGGCAGCGCUCGCAGCUGCUGGCGUGGCGCGACGCGCUGGACCGCGCCGUGGCGCACCUCGCGCAGACGGAGCAGGCGUUGACGAAGCUGCUGGAGACCAUCAAGCCGUCGCUCGAGAGAGCCCAGAGGGACGCCUCGGACGACCACGGACAAGAGCUCUGAGCGAUAGGUAUUGUAGAGUUCGUGCGUCGCGGUACCUCAGAAUAAUCUAUCUUAGACUCUGCGAUUGCAAAUCAAAUUAACGUAGGUAUAUUUUAUGUACUGAAGGACCUAUGUAAAGCGUUGUUUGCGGGUCAAUUACGCUGAUAUUGAGAAUGGUGUACUUUGGCUAUACCUAUUCAGUUUA